UUAAAUAAAUUCUAAUUGCUCAAAUCUCAUCCGUUGCGAGACAGCGCCUUAGGGUCUCGCUCUCAUGGCCGCAGCUGCCAUCUGUAUUUCCACCAAAACGCCGUGCCCCAUUGUCGCUGGCCGCGUACGCUUCCGCCGUCGUCUUCCUAGACAGCCCGUCCAUUGCUCCGUGACGAGCGAGGUGGCUGUAUCAGUUGGCUGCGGCGACGGCGAUGGUUCCCCCGGUGGUCGAAUCUUCGUUGACUGCGUUGUUGUUGGCGGGGGAAUCAACGGCCUCUGCACUGCCCAGGCGCUGGCGACGCGGUACGCCCGGGCGGUUCCUGAGAUUCUGGUAACGGAGGCUCGGGAUCGCGUUGGCGGCAACAUCAUUACCAUGGAGAGAGAUGGGUACCUCUGGGAGGAGGGGCCUAAUAGCUUUCAGCCUUCUGACGCGGUUCUAUCCAUGGCGGUUGAUAGCGGUUUGAAGGAUGAUCUUGUACUAGGUGAUCCAAAUGCGCCUCGCUUUGUUCUAUGGAACGGCAAACGUCUUCCUGUUCCUUCAAAACCUACUGACAUACCCUUCUUUGAAUUGAUGAGCUUUGGUGGUAAACUGAGAGCUGGAUUUGGUGCUAUAGGCAUACGGCCUCCUCCACCAGGACAUGAGGAAACAGUUGAAGAGUUUGUGAGGCGCAAUCUUGGCGACGAAGUAUUUGAACGCUUGAUAGAGCCAUUUUGUUCAGGUGUUUAUGCUGGUGAUCCUUCAAAACUUAGUAUGAAAGCAGCUUUCGGGAGAGUUUGGAGAUUGGAGCAGAGCGGUGGUAGUAUCAUUGGUGGGACCCUUAAAGCACUUCAAGAGAGGAAUAAAAAUCCAAAACCAACUCGAGAUUCGCGUUUGCCAAAACCUAAAGGACAGACUGUCGGAUCUUUCACGAAAGGUCUUUCUAUGUUGCCCAAUGCAAUAUGUUUAAGGUUGGGCAGCAAAAUUAGACUGUCUUGGAACCUUACUAGCAUAAAAAAACGAGAUGGUUUGGGAUAUACGUUAAUUUACGAAACACCAGAAGGAAUGGUAUCAGUUGAUACAAAGGCUGUCGUCCUGACCAUUCCAUCUUAUGUUGCCGGUUCUUUGUUGCGCCCUCUUUCAAAUGUGGCUGCAGAUGCCCUAUCAGAGUUUUAUUACCCCCCAGUAGCAGCGGUUUCUAUUUCUUAUCCAGAAGAGGCAAUUCGGAGAGAAUGCUUAAUAGAUGGUGUACUGAAGGGGUUUGGGCAAUUGCAUCCUCGCAGUCAAGGAGUUGAAACUUUAGGAACCAUUUAUAGCUCCUCACUCUUGCCAGAUCGUGCGCCUCCAGGAAGAGUGCUCCUUCUUAGCUAUAUUGGUGGAUCUACCAAUACAGAUAUUUUGUCCAAGAGUGAGAGUAAUCUUGUGGAAACUGUGGAUCGUGAUCUUCGCAAGAUGCUUAUAAAUCCGACUGCUGAAGUGCCUUUAGUCCUUGGUGUACGGAUGUGGCCUCGAGCCAUACCUCAGUUCUUGAUUGGGCAUCUUGACCAUUUAGAAGCUGCGAGAGGUGCCCUGAGCAAAGGUGGAUUUGAAGGUUUAUUUCUUGGUGGCAAUUAUGUUACAGGUGUGGCCUUGGGCCGUUGUGUGGAAGGUGCUUAUGAGACUGCUGAAGUUGUUUCAAAUUUUUUAUCCAAGUAUGCAUACAGCUGAGAGUAUUAAUAGCUGGAUUUUUAAUUAACAGUUGCUCCUAGCGUGAAAAAUAUCUGUUAUAUAUAUUCUUGUCGUCCCUUUUCACGGGCAGAAUGUCUUGAGUUACCUAUAUUCUUAUGUUUUUUCAUAUGCUAUAAAAUAUGGAGCUAAGCUGAGUGCUGUAAUUGUCACCUCAUUUUGGUCUUGCAAUCUUGUUUUUCAGGCUUGUUUUUCAUAAAGCAAUAUGUAACUGGUUGACAUAGUUACAGGUUUGCU